AUGAGGUUCACACUCCCGUCCGUUCUCUUCGCUAUUGCUGCGACAGCAGCCCCAACACCCGAAGGCACCCAUGCAGAUGCCGAGAGUCUCCUGUCCUCCAUCUCUUCCGUCGAUCUCGCCCACGACGACGUCAUCCUCUUCGGCGUCGGCGGGAAAUACCAGGUCCUCAAGGACGCCGAGUUCCAAACCCUCAAGGAGACCGGUGUCCUGACGUACGGCGGCAACGACAAGGUCGUUGACACAUUCGACCACCUCAACGUGACCAAUGUCACAUCGACGCUUGAGGCCCGCGACUGCCCUGGCCUCAACACCGAGAUCCACGUCACCGGCUCGACCGACUUCCUCGACUGGGACGUCCAGAUGUCGGCCGUGUGGGGAGCGCAGCAAGCGCCCGUCCUCAUCGCCGUCUCGCACGGGUACUCGGUCGCCAACCAGGUCUCGUUCGGAGGCGGCAUCAGCUUCCCCAUCAAGGCCAUCGGCAUCAGCCUCAACGCCGACUACACGAAGACGUGGACGACGACCGACACGACCACCAUCACCUACACCGUCCCGCUCGGCUACUACGGCACCAUCAUCAGCCAGCCGUGGACUCACCGCGUCUUCGGCAACGUGUACAAGUCCUGCGGCACCGACAACUGGCAGAAGGGCACCUUCACGGCCAACAGCCACACGAGCCAGAACUACGGCGGCAUGGACUGGGUUACCGGUGUGAUGCGCCUCUGUGCGAGCAAAACAUACCCCAUUCCUUACUGCGAAGGCUCGGGCAGCCACCACUGA